AGGAAGAUAAAGUCCGCUCUGGCCCCUGCAGAUAAGAAGAUCCCACCCCCAACCCCCACCAGAGAGCCCAUGUGACACCUUUGCUGUCCACACCGCGCCGUAGUCAUCACCUGGAUCCGUCACGCGGGACAUGGUUGCACCAUGUCGAGGCGCAAGCAAGCCAAACCUCAGCACAUCAACUCGGACGAAGCUUCUCCUGCUCCUGCUUCUGCUUCUUCCUCCUCCUCCUCCUCCUCUUCUUCUUCUUCUUGCAGCCAUAAUGGGAUCCUCCUACAAGAUGACCCAGCUGAGGAGGCCGGCAGUGGCGAAGUGAAGAGGUUCCGAAUGGACCACACCAAGAUCUGCGCCAAGUGCUGUGCCGAGUUCUUCGACGAGGCUGAAUUUCUUGAGCACGAAAAGACCUGCGCCAAGAACCACCAGGUGGUCAUCAUGAAGGACGGCGACUGCAGCGAGGGACCCGAGGAAUACUCGCACGGCUCCCCCGGCAGCGACGACGACAGCCGCUCCAGCAACCUGUCACUUGCCAAUGGAGACCAGAUGGAGAGAACCGAGGAGGACUCCAACUUGAUCACAGAGGAACCGCAGGACCGUGGCAAUAUGUCUGCCAGUCCCGAGACCAACUUCCAGCCUUCUCCCGAGAUGCAGGACGCAAACGCCGCCAUGGAAGCCAUGGUUGCUGACACCCGGACGUCUUCGGUUCAGUCGCAGGACGCCAUGCAGGUUCUCCCCAUGAUCUUGGAGCAGUUGGUGUGCCUCCAGCAGCAGCAGCUACAGCAGAUCCAGAUCACGGAACAGAUCAGAAUCCAGGUGGCCAUGAUGACUCCGCAGGGUCUCCAGUCGUCGGUGGGGUCCGCCAUAGACCCUCUCAAAGCCCUGGGGGCACAUCUCUCUCAGCAGCUGUCUGCCGCAGCAGCCUUGAUAGGAAAAAGGACUGGUAGUCAAAGCCUGUCCGUGGAGGCUGUGAAGAAUGCUAAGCUGCCUGUAGCUGCUAGCAUGUCUGGGCCCGGAGUUCUGAGUGCAAUGGCCUCCAAAAUAGACAUUUUGAAGGGCAUUCCGGAUCUGGCCGGCCGUUUGCCAGCCCUGCUGCCGGAGUCGCCGGGCGCAGCGGCUGCGUUCCCGGGCACUUUCAGCGGCAUCCAAGCAGGGAUGGACUCCAAAAAAGCAAAGGGGAAGCUGCUGACUCUUCCGGUGGAGUCCAAGACGGGCGACUCGUUAUACAAGCACAAGUGCAAGUACUGCGGCAAGACCUUCGGCAAUGACAGCGCCCUCCAGAUCCACCUGCGCUCCCACACGGGGGAGAGGCCCUUCAAGUGCAACAUCUGCGGAAACCGCUUCACCACCAAAGGCAACCUGAAAGUGCAUUUCCAGCGGCACAAGGACAAGUAUCCCAACAUCACCAUGAACCCUCAUCCUGUGCCAGAACACCUUGACAACAUUCCCACCAGCAGCGGGAUUCCCUUUGGCAUGUCCGUGCCCAUGGAGGAAUCCAGCGAGAUGAAGCCAGUGCUCGGGUUCCAUUCCUCGUCAUUGUCAGGAUUCAAGACCACCUUUGAUGGCUUCGGAGGAGACCCCUUUUCCCAGAGACGCUCGCCAUCAACAAGCGAAGGCUCCCCGUCCGUGUCCUCAAACGUCUUCAGCCAGGAAAUGACAACGGAUCACGGCCAGAAGGAUGCCAAAGACCUCCUGCGACCGCUGCAUCACAUGAACGGUAACGAGCAAAGCUCUGGAACGGCAAAGCUUCAGCAAAUGGUGGACGGCUUGGAGAAGAGGACCAACGACCCCAAUGAGUGCGUCAUCUGCCACCGGAUCCUCAGCUGUCAGAGCUCACUGAAGAUGCAUUACCGCACGCACACCGGAGAGAGGCCGUACAAGUGUAAGAUCUGCGGCCGCGCCUUCUCCACCAAAGGCAACCUGAAGGCUCACUAUGGCGUGCACAGGGCCAACACGCCUCUCAAAAUGCAACACUCCUGCCCCAUUUGCCAGAAGAAGUUCACAAACGCCGUAGUCCUGCAGCAGCACAUCCGCAUGCACAUGGGCGGACAAAUCCCAAACACCCCCGUGCCGGAAAACCCCUUUGAGGCACCACCGGAAGCCAUCCAGCCCUCCCUGCCAGAGGAGAGGUCCGUGGAGGUCAGUGGCUUUGAAGCGAGCAUGGAAGAUCCAGAAGCGGAUAUGAAGCCGAACGAGAACGCUGACGCUCCCCCGCCUGCGGCCGAUGGGCCGCCCGCCAUGUUCUCCAGCCUAGAUGUCUUGAAGAACCUCACCUCAGCUCUCGUGCUGAAACGCCAGAGCAGCGCUCAGUCGGAGAGUGAAGGAACUCCCAAAGAGUCGCAGUCUGCUCCCAGGGAGCAAGAGAACGGCCGCAGCCCGGGGGCGUCUGACGCGGCCGUCGCGUUUCAUUCAGCUUCCCCCGUCAACACCAACGGCGCUGGCCUCCACCCUCCUGAAUCGGUUGGUGAGGAGAUUGCCAGGAACGGGUCCAAAGCCGAAAACGAUGGUUUGUCUCAAGACGCCAAUGAAUCCAGCGGCGCUCUCGACCUCACAGCUUCCAGCAGCUUCACCCCAAGAGCCAUCAAAGAAGAACCCGGUCUGCCCUUCACCAACGGAGAAUAUGGCCCGAGUAGCAUGUCUUUCAUGAGGAUACCCUCAAGUCUGGUCGGCCUGGAGAUGAAGAUACCUCCAGAGAACUCCAUGGGCACCCACGCUUUGUUCGGCUCUCAGAUGCCUCAGGGGACGGCACCGCCUUCUCUGGUCUCGGCCACUCCUCGCCGCGCCGCCAAGCAGCACGUUUGUAGCGUCUGCGGGAAGAACUUCUCCUCGGCCAGCGCCCUGCAGAUCCACGAGCGCACUCACACCGGGGAGAAGCCGUUCGCCUGCAACAUCUGCGGCAGGGCCUUCACCACUAAGGGCAAUCUAAAGGUGCAUAUCGGUACCCACAUGUGGAACAACUCGUCAAGGCGGGGUCAACGUCUCUCGCUGGACAACCCCAUGGCACUGAUGGCCAUGGGCCCCGAGGCCAAGAUGCCGGCGCCGCCCAAAGAGCUCCCCCCGGCGCCGCCCAUGAACUUUGACCCAUCCCUGUGGAACCAAUACGCGGCAGCGGCCUUCAGCGGCGGCCUGACCAUGAAGACCAACGAGAUCUCAGUCAUCCAGGGGGGCGGCAUCCCCCUGCCCGGGAGCCCAGGCGGUGGCGGCGCCCCGCUCAUCGGCUCCACCGGGGGCCUGGUGAAGAUGGACGGCUCGCACGCAGGGUCGGGCUCUCACGCGGGCGCGCACUCGAGCUCCGACUCGGGCUUGCCCGCAAGCGUGGCGGAAAUGGAGAAGAAUGGCUCAGACGGCGUCCCGAAAUCCCAGUUCCCGCAUUUCAUGGAGGAGGGAAAGAUCGCGGUGAAUUAGGAGUCACCCAGACUGGCCUGAAUGCCCCCCUCCCCACCUCCACCCCCAAAUGAGGUACAAUCAAUCUUCAUCCCAACACAAUUUGACUUAAUAUAACUACUGGAGUUGUAUUUUAUUUGUUAUAAAUAUAUAUGCGGGUAUUUUUUUUCUUUUCCUGUGACUUUUCUGCUGUCUAUCCAGAGGUUUGAAUGUAUAACUUUACUUGAAACUGCUUUAAUUUCUUUUUUUUCUUUUUAUUUUUUUGUUACGUUUUUGAAGGAUUAUGGCGUUAAAGGCUCGUCUUUUAAGGUCAGCGCUCAGAACUUGUGUGACAGACCGUACCGGUGCCGAAUGACUACUUCCCCCUCCCUCCUGUUGCUUGUGCGCGUUUUUUAUAAGAUUUUUUUUUUCCUCGGGUAGUGUUUCACAUUGAAGGGGCUGACGGAUGCCCGUUGCGUAUUUUUGGCUGACGUCUGUAAUAAUAAAAUGAACGAUUUGGUUCUUGUAGCUGCCAAGUGCCUGACUUGAAUUGUAUGUCAUCUUUGGGUGCUCCAGAGGGGUUGGAUUUGAAGGCUGGGUCAGAUGUGUGCCAUGUAGCAUUGCUUGGGUAUCCCAUUUACAUCACAUUUAUACUGUAUGUGCCGCCUGUGUGGUUUCCCUUGUAAAGCAGAGUCAAAUUGGCUGAUUUUUUUUUUUUUGUGUGUGUGUUUUGUUUUCUUUUUUUUUUUUUUUUUUUUAAAUCUCCAGCCUGCACUUUAUUGAAGGUUUACGCUAACAUUGCAUCUCCGUCUCGAUCCUGUUUAACCGUCUUCAAGUUGUAGCAGCCUUAAUUUAUUUGUAAUCCACAAGGUUUGACAAGUUCAGGGGGUUAAAUUCUACCUCUUUUUUUUGUGUGUGUGUUUGACUCAACCGUACAUUCUUUUUCUGCUGUGUUGAAAUGAAAUGAAUGUAUCACUGGACACUUUACACGAGUCCUGAUGAGUUCCCUCUGCUGUACAUUCCUUACCAAUAUGCAUUUGCCACAUUGUGCCUUCUCGUAGUUUUUGCUUUUUCCUCAGAAUGUUGUCCGAAACUGCUUUCAAAGAUGUCUCUACAAUUCAAUGUUGAGCCAAUGUGGCUUGUUUA